GCCUCCUGGAGAUGGAGACACUUUGAGAGUCGUAGGAAAAAGAUAUAAAGCAGCGCCUGGCCAGCGGACUGCGAUUCCCAUCAUCAACCAAGUCUCAUUCCAUCUGCUCUGGUAGCAUCGAUUUUCUUCACUCAGUUCUGCGAACUAUACUCUACCUGUCCUUUUACACAUCACCAUGUAUCAAAAGAGCCUUCUCUUCUCCCUUCUGGCCACCUCUGCCCUGGCCCAGUUCCCCAUCCCCGACUCCCAAGGCAGCGUGACCUUUGACGAGCCCUACGAGGUCGCCGCCGGCGAGACCUACGACGGUGGCUACAAGACCUACGGCCGUGGCGUUUCCUGCUCCGGCCAGAGCGAGGGCGGCCAGGACGAUACCGUCUUCCUCAUCCAGGAGGGCGGUACCCUGAAGAACGCCAUCAUCGGUUCCGACCAGAUCGAGGGCGUCUACUGCCUUGGAGCCUGCACCAUCGAAAACGUCUGGUGGGAGGCCGUCUGCGAGGACGCCCUCUCCCUCAAGGGCGGCAGCGGCCCGUACAACAUCAUCGGCGGCGGUGCCCAAGGCGCCGACGACAAGGUCAUCCAGCACAACUCCGGCGGCCAGGUUAACAUCGACGGCUUCACCGUCUACGACUUUGGCAAGCUCUACCGGUCCUGCGGCAACUGCGACGAGCAGCAUGCUCGCACCGUGACUAUCAAGAACGUCGUCGCGAACUCCGGCAAGACCCUGGUCGGUAUCAACAGCAACCUGGGUGACACUGCCUCCAUCGACAGCAGCACCUGCGCCACCGACGUCAAGAAGAUCUGUGUGGAGUAUGAGGGCAACGAUACCGGCGAUGAGCCCGAGGAGAUCAGCGAUGGUCCUAGUGAUGCUUGCCAGUACACAGAGCCUCUCUCCUCUUGCUAG